GGUUAUUAGUUUUCUUUGCUCUCUUAUAUCCGGUGACUAUGGCAAUGACGGAUGUUUAUUUUGUAGGUACAAUAAAAUGGCACUUAUGGUUCCCACCAAAGAUCACUUCCCUGUGCAGUAUUCGGUUUGUGGAGAACUAGAAGAUGCAGUGGCCAUAGUUAGGAGCAAAUUGAGUGUAGAGAAUAUGGUGAACUUUCGAAAAAUGCCAUUCGGUCAUUUCAUGGAUGUGCGGAAGCUCCAAUUUUCUGGACAACUCAUCCAUAUCCUUAUGUUACAUCUCGCCCGCGAACAACCUGAAGACGAGAUGUGGUUUAUGAUCAAUGGUACUCUUCACAAGUUCACUUUUGAAGAUUUCUGUCGAAUCACAAGUUUGCCGACUUCCAAGUCAUAUCCAAAUUUUAGCAAUGUGAAGUCUUUGUCCGAGACUAUUCACAAAAAGUAUCUUGGAGGGGGGACGGUGAAAUGCACCUUCGCGCACUUGCGGAAUAUGUUUAUGACUGCGGAGGAAGAUGUACCCGGCAGUGAUUUACAUAAGCUUGCCUCAUUGUAUUUUGUUGAGCAUGUGUUGUUAGCAAAAGAUAGAGGUACAUGCAUUGAUGCCUCCCACCUCGAAGCAGUUGAUGACCCUGACGUGUUCAAUGCAUAUCCUUGGGCUUGGGAGUCAUACCUCCUGACGCUGCGCCAUCUGAAGGGGAUGAUGGAUGGCCAACCGGAGAAAUUUCAAGAAAAGAAAAAUAACAACUCCAAUUUGAAGUCUUGGAAAUAUGCGUUGUAUGAAUUUCCACUUGUUCUGCAGAUUUGGGCUUAUGAGACGUUUCCAGUGCUUGACGACGAGGUUGCUCAGUGUAAUCGAGAGAUAAAAUGUCCACUGUUACGUUGGAGAGCCAAGAAAUGCCCACAAUACCAAUCUCUAAAGCAGUUGUUAUUCCCUAGUGAGCCUGAAGAAGUCGCAAAUAAGAUGGACAACACACUUGAUUUGUUGUUUAGAAGUGUUGAAGAUUUAAAGAACACUCUAAACAAAAGGAUUGAUGCAUUGGAGGAUAAGAUUGAUGGUUUGUGUUGUGACGUGAAGGAUAUGUUCACGGUUGUAGGCAGGAAAAGGAAGGGGGCGGUAGACCAUGUGACAAGGGUUGAACGAGGGAAAAGGAAGGAGAUUGGAAAGGAAUCACGACGAAGGUCAGCAGCUUGUCCAGAAAGCUGUGUAUGAUUUGUAUCAAGAUAAUAUCAUCAACACCCAAGAGUAUGCUAUAGCUUGUUUAACUCCUGGGCCUGUUGAGCUUGUGUAUGAGCAGGAACAAGUGACGAAUGAUGUGGUUGAGCAACAGGCUUCUGCACUG